CAGCACCAACCAGCUACAACCCACCAGUUCCAGGCAGCCACGAACGAUCAGUACCAACCAGGUACGACCACCCAGCACCAACCAGGUACAACCCACCAGUUCCAGGCAGCCACUAACGAUCCGUACCAACCAGGUACAGCCCACCAGUUCCAGGCAACCACUAACGAUCCGUACCAACCAGGUACGACCACCCAGCACCAACCAGGUAUGACCGCCCAACCACCCAUGAGUGAUCUGGAUGAGGAUCUGGAAGAUAUGCUUCGGGGGUGUGUUACGAAACAAAAAGGAGACCUGGAAAAGGAGGAUGGGGACUGGCAGAAGAAAUUCUUGAAAAAUACGAAUAACCGCCUAUCCAUUUUGAAAGGGCAAAGAGUGUGCAUGUCGAAAAGAAUUGCUCAUUUCAGAACUUUCGUG